AUGGCUCACCUAAAACAAGCAAAUCUGAUUACUGAAAAGCAACAUGGAUUUUUGAAAGAAAAAUCAACUUGCUCUGCCAUCAUCAACCUUGUUCAACAUGUUAUUGACCAAAUAGACAAAGAACAAAUCGUAUCUCUACUUGACUACAGCAAGGCGUUUGACUGCUUGGACCACAACAUAAUCUCAAAGAAAAUAACAUCGCUGGGAAUCAGAGACACAGCUAACAACUGGUUUGUAAGCUACCUCACAGUCCGAUCUCAAAUAGUCGAGCUGCAAACCACCAUUUGUGGUGUAACUACCUCACACCAAUCCAAUCCACUACCUGUCACCCGUAGAGUACCGCAAGGAUCUGUUUGGAUCCAGUUCUCUUUGUCUUAUUUGUGA